AAAGAGAAGCAACAAAAAAUUUCUCACAUUUUUAAGUUUCACGAAAGAAUAACCUCAACUGCAGAAGGCAGUGGCCAAGUCGCAAAUAAGUCAAACAAACUCGAUGCCGGACAUUGGCGACGACGGCGGAGGGGAGCAGCAGAGAACAGGAGACGGAUCCGGAUCCGGACCCGAUUCAAGUUCGGAUCCGGAUCCGGUUCAGAAUUCGGGUUCUCUACCCGACCCGAGUGCUUCAGUGAUCAGCAUCGUGAUAUCGCAGCCGCCGGAGGAGAAACCGGCGAUCUCGAAGAGCGACGCCACCGUGGCCGCCGCGAAAAAGGGUUUCUUGCCUCGAGACAACAGCUACCACGAGCAGUGCAGAGUUUGUCAGCAACAGGCAGAGGAGCCUCUAAUUGAUCUUGGAUGCAGAUGUCGAGGGGAUCUUGCAAAAGCGCACCGCUCCUGCAUAGAUCUUUGGUUCCAGACUAGAGGUUCAAAUAAAUGUGAAAUAUGCCAGCAAGUGGCUGCAAAUGUCUCAUCUCCAGAUUCUCAACCAAGUACAAAUUAUUGGGUAUGGAGGGUCAACACAGCCUAUGGAGGGACUAAUAAUGGACAAGGAGGCCGUGCAAGGGGAUGCUUUAGCCCGCUCUGGGUUGCAUUCGCCAUUCUAAUCGGAGGACUUCUGUUGGAUGUGCUAAUAUCUGUUUCCCUUGGUGUUUCUGCGCUACCUGUGAAUAUAAUUAUUGGUGUUCUCAUUGUGCUUGGGUUGGGAACUGCGUUUCGGCUUGCACUGGAGUGCUGCCAAGACUGGGGAUCUCGAAGACACGUGCAGAGCAUGGACAUCCCUAUAAACCCUGGGUAUCAUCCUGCCGUGUAAAUAUACUUGUGUGUAUAAUAAUACACUUCAUUAUACAAAGAAUGCCAGUUUCAGUCUUUGUGGGUUUUAGCCUGUUCAUUCUUCGUAGUGAGUCUACCUCAUAAGCAGUUGGUUUGACGUCAGUUAUAAACUUCCAGUGUCAGUUUGUUCAAUCUUUUUGUUAUGUUUUCCUCUUGCUCAUUUAGAAUUCUCUAAAUCGGCUUAUUUGUAUAUUUCGUACUAGGAAUUUAAUGUAAUUUUACAGGUUCUUGUGUAUUUUAUGGCUGCUUUCUACUG